AAUUGUCAAAUAAUUCGAUUCACUGGUAGUAAAUAAAACAACAAAAUUUGAAAAAGGUGUUUUUCUUCUAUAAAAUCAUAAUGGAAGAAUUAGAUGAAGAAAAUUUAAAACUGAAACGCAAAAUGCGUUACGUUCUAGAUAGAAUAGAUUCCGAAAAAAAGAAGAAAUUUCACUACAACUUGAUGGAAGCAAUUUCGGAAUGUGAGGAUGGCAAGGAACUGAGUGUUGUAUUCAAGACGUACCUUACCGAUGAGCUAUAUCUUUCAUCUAUUUACUCCCAAAUUUCUGACGAUUUGAAAGAAGAAUUGGACAAGAUUGGAUUGUUUAAUAUUGAGCCGUUUGAGUCCGUUGCAAAUGGAUUGAAUUUAAAAAAAAGUGCCAUCGCUUUGCAUGUUUAUAGUUCAACCUCCAAAGCUGAUCCCAACAUAGACAUUAAAUUAACAGAAGUAUUGCAGAAGAGUCUGCACUUUUCAAGAGUUACUUCCUUUGAAGAAUAUUCGUUAGUAAAAUGUACUCACGUUAAUACUAAAACCGCUCUUCAAAUUGACGUUUCUGAGCCAUAUGACCUUCACAAUAGUGAAUUUGUUAAUCAACUUAAACAAGCGGAUAGCAGAAUUAACGAAUUGGUUAUGUUUCUUAAAAUUUGGUUUGUCAAUAUGGGAAUUGUUGAUGAAAAUGCUAUGACCAAGUACUGCUUCACGACUCUUAUAGUCUUCUAUCUGCAAAACACUAAUCCACCAAUUCUGCCCGCGUUUAAGAUUAUCCAACAAACUGCACAGAAAGGUAUUAACGGCACUAAUUAUGGACUUAACUCGGGACGCAUCAACAUGAACGUGAACAAAAAUAUACAUGAGCUGGUUAAAGGAUUCUUUGAAUUCUAUGGUUCCUUAGAUUUCGGGAGUGUAAUAAUAGCGCCAUAUCUGGGUAAAACCAUUAAUAAGCUGGAUUUCCAAAACAAAGUUUUUCAGUAUCCUGAAUAUGAGUCCCAAAGAAGAUUGUUAGCUGCUUCUUCUAAUGAGCGUGUAGAAGAAUUGGAAACACAACAAACAUUAUGUGUUCAGGACAUGUUCUUCCUAAACAGAAACCUUGCAAAUAGUAUAAAGCCCAAAGUUGUAACUCAGGCCACUUUCGAAUAUUUUAAAAUUUGCAUUUCUUUGGCUCGAAAUAAGUGUUCGGAACCAGGAAUAUCUUUGAAAAAUAUGUACAAAUCAUUACUUGUGAAUAUAAUCAACGAGAUAGAAGACUUGCAAAAAACGUUGUCGUUUAGUAUAAUACCUCAACAGAAUGAGCUGACAUCGCUAUCCAAAUUCUGCAAUGAGGUUUUAAACAUCAGAAAGCUAUGGACUAGAGCAUACAUUUCAGCUAUUCCACAAAUAAUGAAUUCUAUUUAUAAAAUCGAUAUGAAACUUUUGCCUCCGACGGGGAAUUGUGCAUUUAAAAAUUUUGACAAAACCGAAGAGCUGCCAUUGCCUUUUAAAUGGUCAAUAAGCUCUCAAGUGGAUUUGUGGACAGGACGUGAGAUGCAUCGAAGUAGCGCAAGUUUUAUAGAAAAUCAACUUGCUCUAACGAAAAAGCUCUUCGCCGAUAGAAGCGAUAAAAAGGAAUUCAGUGUACAAUUUAAUGCAACAUUUUCAAUAACUAUAGUUAGGGAUUUUGAAGGUCUAAUAAUUGAAGCAACAAAUAACGAGACCUAUGAAUCUAAUAAUGACCUUCGUAAAUUUUUCAACUCCCUUCGAUGGUUUAUUCGGACUUAUAAUCUUAGACAUAGAAUACGUCAAUUAGAAAGUGAGAUGCUGGAAAGCAUGCAAAGUUAGAUGGAAUUUAAAAAACCUGCUUAAAGACCUGAAGAUUAUAAUUUUAAGUUUUUUUAUUUCAUUAAAAUUGUUGAAUCUUUUUUUUCUUAUUUUUAUUUGUUUAUGUUUGUUGAAUUGUUAAAUUCAAGAAGAGAUAAAAGUUGUACUUUAUUAAAAUUUACAA